UUCAGAAGUUCUGUCCUGAAGCUUUGAAGACCGAGGACUACCCAGCCAUCAGUGGCACCUAAAAAAAUACAACAGCAGCUUUUAACCUCCAACUUUUUCCCCCACCAAGUGGACUAUCUCUCCAUUGUAAAACCUAACCCCGCACACUCACGUGUAGCGCCCUGACAACGCUACGGUCGCAAAGAGGCGACAGACACAAACGUCACCAUGAACGUCACCUCCCUGUUCUCCUUCACCAGCCCGGCCGUCAAGCGCCUCCUCGGCUGGAAACAAGGAGACGAAGAGGAAAAAUGGGCGGAGAAAGCCGUGGACGCGCUGGUGAAGAAACUGAAGAAGAAGAAGGGAGCAAUGGAGGAGUUGGAGAGGGCUCUGAGCUGCCCGGGUCAGCCCAGUAACUGUGUCACCAUCCCUCGCUCCCUGGAUGGAAGACUCCAGGUGUCCCACAGGAAAGGCUUACCCCAUGUUAUCUACUGUAGGGUGUGGAGGUGGCCUGACCUGCAGUCUCAUCAUGAGCUCAAGGCUCUGGAGUGCUGUGAGUACCCGUUUGGCUCCAAGCAGAAGGAUGUCUGCAUCAACCCGUACCACUACAAGAGAGUGGAUAGUCCAGUGCUGCCCCCAGUGUUGGUCCCGCGGAAUAGCGAGUUCAAUGCCAAACACAGCAUGCUACCACGCUUCCGCAACCCUCUGCACCAGAACGAGCCCCACAUGCCCCAGAACGCCACCUUCCCAGAGUCCUUCUCCCAGGCGAACACCCUGAUGAACUUCCCCCAGACACAGACACACUCCCCUGGGGGUAACAGCUACCCCGGCUCCCCUGGUAGUGGCAGCAGUGCAACCUUCCCCCACUCCCCCACCAGCUCUGACCCAGGCAGCCCAUUUCAGAUGCCAGGUGAGCCGCCAGGUCAGAUGCCAGAGACCCCUCCUCCAGCCUACUUGCCCCCAGAAGAGCGGAUGACUCAGGACUGCCCCCAGCCCAUGGACACCAACCUGAUGGUCCCCGCGUUGCCCCUGGAGAUCAGCAACAGGCCAGGUAAUCAGCUGUGACAUCACCCACUUAGAGCUGUCAGCGGCCCCACCAGCUCGUACUACAGGUGCAAGGGGUUUUCUGGGUACAAGUACGCAACCAUGACACACUGCUUUUUAUUUGUCGUGGUGAAUCAAACUCAGUUUUAAUAGGCUAUGUAGUUGAAAAUAACACUUGAAAAGUAGUCGUGGUUGUUGGGGUUUGUGGUAGAGUUCAUUAAAGUUCUCAUGCAUGCAGUAAAGCUAGUAAGAAAAACGGAUGUAGGUGCUUUAUCCCUCUGUUAAAAUAAGGGGUGAUUCAUGUGAUGACCUUCAAAAUUGCACAUCAUGAGUUGGAAAAGAUUAGCUAGAAAACAAUUUCCUUCAUAUAUUCAAUAAAAAGAGAAUUUAUAGGGAAUUUUAUAUGAUCAUUAAUGCAGGGUAAAUGGGAAAAUAACAUGAAUGCGUAUCCAUGUUCAGAAAAACAGAGUAUCUCACACCAUUUUGAGGCAGUAGGUUUUAGAUUUCAGUAUGAUGAACACAAAAGCGUCAGUCUAUACAUGCAACCCAGAGGAAAGAUCAGUGAGUCUGCCAAUUA